AUGUGGCCUUUCAAACCCUCUCGAAACGAAGACGAAGACGAUCUCCAAGUACUCUCUCAGGAAGAGCCUGCACGGCCCCAUGUGCCACUGCCAUCACAGCCCAUGGCGGAAACAAAGGAGGACGCAUUGGUUAGAUUUACAGGAUGGCCCAACGAACGACUGUCAAUCCCACUGAUUCUACGCGCUCCUACCUUGAUGUUGGCGUCUUUUGCUUGCGGCUUUAGUCUUGGAGCUUCUCAAGGGGCCACCAAAGGCGCAUAUCGAUAUAGAGCUGAGAACGCACACCGGCUGCCUACCACCCAAACCGGAUGGUUUCUCUACCAGAAGUCCAAAAACUACCAUGCGAUGCUGGGCGGAAUCAAGGAGGGUGCUCGGUUCGGGUCUGUAUGUACGGGCUGGGCAACGUUGUUUAUGGUCACAGAAGAGAUGGUUGAUCUGUCGAGAGCUCGCCUCUUUGCAAGAGGAGAUGACGAUGUUGCGACCGGGCAACGGGACUUUGGAAGUACAGUGAUUGCUGGGAUGACUCUGGCCGGCAUCUACAGCUGGAAGCGAGGGCUCGAUCAUUUCGCUGCUGCUCGCACUGCAAGGAGUGCUUUGAGACUGUCCCUGGCAUACGGUCUGGUGCAAGAUCUCGCAGCAUCAAUUAGAGGAAACCCGCCAGCAUAUAUCUCGUGGUUGAGGAGAAAGCUUUCGGGAUGA